AUGGCUUUAGCCGCAAGCAGGACGCUUUUGGCGCUAGUCCUCACGUUUUGCACACAGGAACUUGGAUGGACAGCCGAGAAACCAGUACGGCCACUGAAUGGGAAGCAAACAAGUGUGGACAAAGACCUGAGGGAGAGAUGGGAGCCCUCCAUCCAUCUGGACGGGAGACCUGUGGACCGCUUCGUCAUCAGCUCCGGCAAACCUUCGAGAUCGCACCGCUUCACCAAAGUGGGCAAAGAUAAUCGAUCUCCUCUGCUGGAGGAUGUAGACCCAGAAUGGGUGAACCUGGACGGCUUUGCAGUGCUGAGCGGAGCAUCUGUCAACAUCUCAUCAGCAGGUUCAGUCAGGCCUUCACAAACUGCAGCCAGAAAUCCCUCCCCUGCUGCUCGGGCAACCAGAGUGGACAGAACGACUCACCACCCAUCAGCCCCGGGUGGCACCAGGACACACAGGAGGGCGCCUCAGUCCUCCUCAGGCCCCAGACAGCCUGAGAGAGUCUGGCCUGGAACAGCGCUGCUGGAAAGGAGGCAGCAGCAUCACACCAAGCCUCAGUCUGACCAAAGAAAACGACACACGGCGAAGCUAACAUCUGAGUCCGUUCAUGUGGUGUCACUGCAGGCACAGAAGGCCCAGGGACAGAGCGCUCCCGCCAACAGAGCAUUCCCAACCAAAACAACCACGCCAGGGCCCCCUGAAUAUGAGGCUAAAGACAUCAGCGUCAGGGUCAUGUCACCUCAGUCAGUCCUGAUCUCCUGGGUUGAUCCUGCGGUCGAGAUGGGAAAAGUUGCCCCCGGGGCAUCCAGAUCGUACACGGUGAGAUACAGGGAGAAGGGUGAGUCGGCACGCUGGGAGUACAAGGACGGCGCCCAGAGGAGGAUGAUGAUAGACACCCUGUCUGCUGACAGCAUGUAUGAGUUCUCCGUCAGAAUCUCCCAGGAAGAAAAUCACGGCAAGUGGAGCGUCUCUGUGUUUCAGAGGACCCCGGAGUCAGCACCAUCUGGGCCACCUGAGAACUUUGAGGUCAAACCGCUGCGAGGAAAAGGAACUGCUGUCGUAGCAACAUGGGAUCCGCCCGAAGAACCCAAUGGAAGGAUAAGAGAGUACAUCUUGUCUUAUGCCCCUGCUAUGAAACCAUUCGGGAUGAAGAGCGUGACGUAUCGUGGCAGCACCACCACGGCCACCGUGGACGGUCUCACACCCGGAGAUCGUUACAUUUUUAAGAUCAGAGCCACCAACCGGAGGGGGAUGGGACCACAGAGCAAGGCCUUCAGUGUUGCUAUGCCGGGAUCCAGCAGUGCCGCCUCAUCGCUCUCAAAAACCAAAGACAACAUCAGGACAAGCCAUACUCCAUCUAAACAAGACACCGACCAUGAGGAAUCCAACUUCCAGUCAACAAAAAUGCCAGAGGAGCCAACCACAACCCCCCAGCCACGCCCUGCCGCACCAAACAGCAGGCGCACACGGCCACUUUCCCAGACACGCUCCUAUCACAGCAUCUUCUCCUCCGUGAGGGGAUCCGUUAGGAAUGGGAUGAACAGGGGUUCAAGCAGAGGAAGAUCUCGAGAAGAUGAGGAGGAGGAAGAGGAGGUGCCAACGACACCGCCUCCAGCAGAAGAAACAACCACGGAGGUUAUCCCAGAAACAGAGAAGCCGGACAAUGAUGUUUUUCCUGAAGAUCUCACAGUGACUGAAACUCCCAGCCUCAAAAUUCUGACACCUUCCCCAACUAAACCUCAUCCUCCUCCACCAAAGAGAAGACCUGUUAAAAUUAGGGUCCAUCAAAAGCCACCAUCCAAAGCUGCUUCCUCCUUCCUCCCUUCAACUGGUUCGUCUUCCUCUUCCUCCGAUUCCUCGUUCCUUAUUGAUCCUUCAAGAUCUUCAUCCUCCUCCUCAUCAGCCUCGUCCCCACGCGUUCAAGAGUCAGCAGCCAGUAGAAAGGAUUAUGUUGCUUCCACAUAUCCUGAAGCCAAAAACAUGUAUGAUACAGUCGAUGUCCCACAUGCCAAACCUUCCACUGUGAUUGAAAAAGAAGCCAGUUCACAGCAGACAGAUAUGCCAUCUGCAGGCAGAGCUUCCUCUUCAGCUGGGCGUACCAGUGGCUCGGGAGUUCCCUCUAGAUAUGGUUAUGGCCGAAGGCAAUCUGGAAAUUCGUUUAGAGGGAAUUCAACCCGAUUGCUGAAUGGUUACAAACCUGCUGUCACCUCACCGUUGAACUCUCCAGCAAGAACAGAGUCACUCACAUCUCAGGACACGUCAACAGACAGGAGUCAAAACCAGGAAACAUCGGACACUUUCAACCCAACAUCGAGGUCAACUCCAGGAAGGACUUCCAACAGACAGACAGGCUCACAUUCAAAUAACCAUGAUAACUCACAGUCCACUUCAGAUUCUAGGUCAACUUCCAACAGAGGAUCUCAGGCAACUUCGCAUAAUACGAGAAAUACACAAGAUUCACACCGAUCCUCUGAGCAAGACACUUCAUACACAGAGGAAAAUCAUUACAGCAAUCACAAAGACGCAGGUGCAGAUACAACUAAAGUGGACGAGCCCACCUCAAGCUCUAGAACACAACCCACCGCAGAGGAGGAAAUAACAGAGGAAGAGGAUAGGAAGGACAGCACUAAUGACAAACCUGUAGUUCCUCGAACCAGACUUAACCCCGCUUUUGCUGAACGGUUCCCUUGGCUGGCCAGUCGUUAUCCUGGCAGAUUCGGUUCAAAUACAAGGACGUCUUCCUCCAGGCAGGAUGGUAGGGCUCCCGUUAGUAGAGUUUCCUCCUCUGUUGGGGCUGGUAGACCAGUUUUAAGGGGGACACCAACUAGACUGUCAGGGGCCACGGGUGCUGCAGGAGUGUCCUUCGUUCAAGAGACCAGCGAGGAUCUGAGGACUCCUUCCACUCAGGAUUCACUCAAGAAUGGAGCUGGUGAGAGCUCAGUAAAACCUUUUGUGACAAACCAAAAUACUGCUUUAAGUGACUCUAGAAACCCAACUACCUCAUUGUCAUCACAUCCCUCUUCAACGUCCUCAAAUUCCCAGCGUUCCUCAAGUGGAAGCAGAGACUCUCGUGAGCCCAUCCACAGAAGGAUCUCCAGUGAAGAUCACAGUCAGGAAUACCUUGACCAGAGAAAUGGAGAAACCAGUGGGAGAAUAAAUAAAGUUGAAGACCCCACUGCAGACCAAAAGAAUCCUGUACCAUCGAGUGACCCCCAAAGAAAUGCAGGAGACAAUGACAGUGUUGAUGUAAAAGAAACUCCGUUGAGGACGAGGCCUUCAGCGCCAUUUGUUCCAACGCAGCGUCGUCCUGGUUUGGGAGUGAAUGGAAGAGUACGAUCUCCUGUUGUCGCUAACCGGCAGGUUGGUGGGUCUAGACUUCCCAUGAGGCCACAACCAGCUCAGAACUCCCGGCCAGAUUCUUCAACAUCCAAUUCCUCUCCAUCCUCAUCUGAUUCCUCGUCCUCCUCAACAUCGCCUCAGUCGGUGUUGACCCCCGAUCAUGCUGUUGGCAGUGGCACUUCUGUAUCAAGGACGGGGGGGCUAAACGGAGGCAACUCCCAGUCUUCAUCAUCUUCAUCUUCAUCAUCUUCAUCCAGAGACAGCUUAAGGAAUAAUGGGCUCCGGCCUCGUUAUCCCAUCGUCAGAGGAAAACCAAUAAAUGGUAAAAAUGGACGACCCAAUCUAACAGCAACAGGAGAGAAGGAUGUGUCGUCCUCACAAGGAAUCAGCAAAGCUGUUGGUCAAAGGUUUAUCACCGGACCUGAUGGAACCAAAUGGGUGGUAGACUUGGAACUCGGAGUUCUUAUGAACCAGGACGGACAAGUUCUUCAGGACUCCCAGGGCCAACCCAAGAGAGUGGUGCUUGGAGAAGACGGACGCACUAUUUUUGACCACAUGGGGAGUCCCUUGGUGAACCAGGAAGGCAUGGCCCUGUUUGGCCACGGCAGGGACAGUCAGCCAGUUGUUAACCCCAAAGAGAAGGUCCUGAUGGUAGGAGGGAAACCUGUGGUUGGCCUGAACCCACCUCGGUCCAGGAUACCGAUCAAGACCACCACCAAGGCUCCCACUACCACACCUGAACCCACCACUACUGAGUGGCCCACAGAGGAAAUCACCACUCCGCUUCCAUUCCCAACCUGCCCGCCUGGAACUUUCUCCAAAACGGAUGAAUUUGGAUAUCCAGUUCUGGACCCAGAGGGAAUUUUGGACUGUUACCCAGAAGACGACUCCUCAGGAAUGGAAAUGGACCUCAUGGUUGCAGUAACCAUGCUGCCUGAUGCUUUUGCUCUUGAGAAAGAUGACUUUUUUACCCAGACCACCCUGCCGCCCACCACCACCACCACCACCACCACGACUACAACCACCACCGAGGCCCCGACCGCAGAGCUGCACACCAGCGUGACCAACAGAGGCCCUUCGUCUGAGUUUGACCUCAGUGGAAAGAAGAGAUUCACAGCUCCUUAUGUGAACUACAUCCAGAAGGACCCGGGGGCGCCCUGCUCUCUGACCGAGGCUCUGGAGUACCUUCAGGUGGACGUUCUAGAAAACCUCAUCGGGAAGGAGAGCACGGCGGCCAAUCAGAACCAGCCUCCCAAGAACAAGCCUCAUAACCUCACCGUGGUGGCCAUGGAGGGCUGCCACUCCUUCAUCAUCCUGGACUGGGCUCAACCCCUCAAGGACGACAUGGUGUCCGGCUACCUGGUCCACAGCGCUUCGUACGACGACGUCCUCAACAACCGGUGGUCCUCUCAGUCCUCCAGCGGGACACACCUGGCCGUGGAGAACCUCAAGCCCAACUCAAGGUACUACUUCAAAGUUCAGGCUAAGAAUGUGUUUGGUUUGGGCCCAUUCAGCGAGACGCUCACCUAUGUGACGGAAUCAGACGACCCUCUUCUCAUUGAAAGACCUCCCGGUGGAGAACCAAUCUGGAUCCCCUUCAGCUUCAAGUACAACUCGGCUCACAGCAGCUGUAAGGGCAGCCAGUACGUCAAGCGCACGUGGUACAGAAAGUUCGUGGGCGUGGUUCUCUGUAAUUCCCUGCGAUACAAGAUCUUCAUGGGAGACGGUCUCAGAGACCCUUUUUACAGCAUAGGGGACACGUUUGGUCAGGGGGAAGACCACUGCCAGUUUGUGGACUCCUACAGGGAUGGAAGGACAGGCCCGGCCUACCUGUCCAAUUAUGUGCCAUCAGCACAAGGAUUUUACCGCGCCUACAGACAGGAGCCGGUUUCAUUCGGGGUGAUCGGGCGGCGUACGGCCCAUCCGUUUGUGGGCUGGUAUGAGUGUGGGGUGCCCAUCCCUGGCAAGUGGUAACACAGGAAGGAGACAAUAUCAACGAGGGCAAAAUGUUCUGGAUCCUGCUGCAGGCUUCAGCUUCGCCACGUCUGCCCUAAAAAAAAUACAGACUUUUGCCUGCCACCGGGAGUAGACACCACUAUUACGGCUUCACAGAAAAAAAAGAGAAUAUAUUACUUUCUAGACAACUAAAAUGUAUAUCAUUACAAUGCACUUUUUACAUAAAGCAGUCUGUAUAUGAUGGGAAAAUAAGCAUGUGUGCUCGAGCUUAGUUCACUCCUUGUCUCCAAGUGUAAUUGUGCUAUUCCCUGUUAUCCCAGCGAAGUCCGUACCCAGUGUUAUUUAUCUCAUCAACACACAUCUGGUCAGAGCAGUAGCAUCGGAUGAAGAACAUGCUGCAGAGCAAACUGUAAGAAUGGACACUAAAGGUGUGUACAGGUCUUUUCAUUCAUACUUCAUAAUUUUAAAGCUUCCGACAGCUUUUUUGGUUUGUUUGUUGAUAUGUGUUUUUAAGCCAUCAUAUUGUGUUUUUGUCUUUUGUUUUUUUUGGUAUUCACCAGAAUGCAUUAAAAGUUACUGUGUAAGUUUUAUUUUUUGUAUACGGCUCAAGAAUAAAAGACCAAAUAUUUGCUCAGGAACUGUGCAAGAUUGAAUAAAGGUGCUAUU